CCAGUCUUUUUCUGUCAAAAUGGCUGCCCCGCAGGAGCAAAGACGCGAACCUAUCCAGGCCGUCCAAGUUUUCGGACGCAAGAAAACUGCUACUGCUGUAGCAUACUGCAAACGCGGUCAUGGCGUGCUCAGUGUUAACGGGCGCCCUCUCGACCUCGUCGAGCCCCGUCUGCUGCAGUACAAACUCCAGGAGCCCAUCCUACUACUUGGCAAGGAAAAGUUCUCCGGAGUUGACAUUAGAGUGACAGUGAAGGGAGGUGGUCAUGUUGCACAGGUGUAUGCUAUCAGACAAGCCAUUUCUAAGGCACUCAUUGCCUUCUACCAGAAAUAUGUAGACGAAGCGUCAAAGAAGGAGAUCAAGGACAUCCUCGUCCAAUACGACAGGAGUUUGCUGGUGGCUGACCCUCGUCGCUGCGAGCCCAAGAAGUUCGGUGGUCCAGGCGCCCGCGCUCGCUACCAGAAGUCCUACCGUUAAGAUUGUAUACAACUACGCUCUUUGCUAUUGCAUUGGUAUUGUACUAGCAGUGCAAUAACAAUGAGUGAUAAUAAAAAAAACCCACAAAAUA